UCACAUCUUCAUAUACAAUAACUUAUUUUCCUGCUGUUCAAUCACACUUGUCAACUGAUAUUUCUGUUCCUUAAAACUUUCAUAGUAUUUUUUAAUUCGUGUCAGUUUUCAAUUGAAAGUUUAAGAAGGAAGAGGUAUAAAAAUUGCGAAUAAUGCGGAAUAUAUUAUCCUUUGCAUUCUCAAUGAUCUUUAUGACAUCAUUAGUUCAUUCAGCUGAGCUUGUUUGUCAAUGGAAUGGAGAUGAAUGCAACAGCCCAGCUAUUACACAAGUUACUCAACAGAAUGAAGCCAUUACUGUUUCUGGAAAACCAUCUAAUUAUGUCAAUACUGGAACAAAGCAACUGAAUUUUUAUAAAACGAAACCUAACAUCAAUUAUAUUCCAACAAGAUUAUUUAGUGUAUUUCCUUAUCUGCUGUACUUUGCCACAGGAAGUUCUUCUUCAAGAUUAACAUUAGUAACAAACGCAUUUACUAAUUGUAAUUCCUUAGAUGGAUUGUGCAUUCAUGAUGCAAAGGUUGUACAUGUGCCUGAAGGAUUUGCUCAAACAUGCACGCAACUCACAGGUGUACAGCUAAUUAAUGCGGGAGUUGAAACAAUUGAUAAAAAUGCCUUUAAAGGUUUAGUAAACUUAAGGGAAAUAAAUAUGAGGCACAAUAAGAUUUCGUGUUUGCCACCUGAAUUAUUUAGAACUGUUCCAAAUAUAGGAUCACUUUUCAUGGAAAACAAUACCGUCAAUGCACUUGAUAGAAAUUUAUUUAGAAAUCUUCCAAGGAUGGGUUACAUUAAUUUAUCAAAUAAUAAGAUAAAAUAUGUUCCUUUGCUUGAUUUCACAGGAACAGCCCUGUCUAUACAAUUAUUCAUUUUCCUAGAAAGAAAUCCAGUUCAUGCAAUCAAACCAGACAUUUGCGACUUUUUGGAUUCUCGACCAGAAAAUUUAAGAGAUGGUUAUGCUGUCUAUCUUUUAGAUUGUUUUUUAGUAAAUUCUGCACAGACAUCAAGUAUCAGUAGAUCAAAUUGUCGAACUUCAAUGGCUAAUAACAUUCAAAAUUGUUAUGCUAAUUGGACGUCAGCAAUGGAUGCUCCGGUAAAGUGUGGAACAUCUUGUCCAUGGAGUUCCAUUUGGCAGCAAAUAUUGGAUUAUUUGAAAACACAAGUUUAAAGAACGAAUGCUUUGUAAUGACUAAUUUUUUUAUAUCAUAAAAAUUGUAAAAUUGAUGCUCAAAUAAAGUCAUGGUAUCGCUCAGUAAUAUUAUAAA